AUGGUCCUGCGGGAGUCUCCGUUCCCGAACCAGCUCCUGAGCGGCCUGUACAGCCUGGGCCAGUACCUGCUGUUCCCCAGCUACUGGGCCACUGACUGCCUCCUCAACCUCAGGGAGACCACGGCGGAGCGGCAGCAGAACCGGCGCCAACGUCAGUGCUGCCCCCUGCGGGCACUGGUCACCGGCCCCUUGCUGCUGCUGCUGCUCAUCCUCUCCAUGCCCGUCGCCCUCCUGGGCCUGCUGCUGUGGCUCCCCCUGCAGGCUGCCCGCAGGCCCUUCGCCUACAAACACAACAUGCUCUCGCGCCAUCCAGAGGUGUGGGAGCUGCCGGGCAAGGGCAAGGCCUUCAGCUUCAUCAGCGCCAACGUGUGCCUCCUGCCCAACGGCCUGGCCAAGUUCAGCAACCUGGGACAGAUCAAACAGCGCGUGGCCCUCAUCGGCCAGCACCUGACGCAGGGGGAGGCCAGCGCCAGCUUCACCAGCCAGUUCCUGCCGCCCACCAAGUACGGGGCCACCAAGUCCAGCCCACCGUGGCCGGAGAGCGGUGCCCGCCGCCCUGACGCCAGUGUGGUGAUCGAGAUCCCCGACGGGGACGGAGGGGCUGGGCCCGGGGAGAUCUCGGCGCCCUUCCCGCCGGACGUGGACUUCGUGUGCCUGCAGGAGGUGUUUGACCAGCGGGCGGGCGCCCGCCUGUGCCAGCUGCUGAGCCCCUUCUACGAGCACAUCGUGUACGACGUGGGCGCCUACGGGCUGCAGGGCUGUUCUGCCCUCAAGGUCUUCAACAGCGGGCUCUUCCUGGCCAGCCGCUACCCCGUGCUGGCCGCCCAGUACCACUGCUACGCCAAGUGCUCCGGCGAGGACGCGCUGUCUGCCAAGGGGCUGCUCUCCGUGCAGGUGCAGCUGGGGUCAGCACAAGGGCAGAGGAUUGUGGGCUACCUGAACUGCACACACCUGCACGCUCCAGCCGCUGAUGCACAGAUCCGCUGCGACCAGCUCAUUCAGGGGCUCUUCUGGGUGCAGCUGUUCCAGGACAGCCACGCGCAGCGCGGGGACGUCGUCGCCUUCGACGUGUUCUGCGGGGACUUCAACUUCGACAACUGCUCCUCAGGGGAUGAGUUGGAGCAGACCCAUGACAUCUUCCGCCAGUACCAAGACCCAUGCCGAGUGGGGGCCAGGCAGGACCAGCCCUGGGCCAUAGGCACCCUGCUGAACUACCUGGAGAUCCAUGAGGAGGCCGUGUCGACCCCAGAGAAGCUGAAAAGGACCCUGGAGCAAGAGGAGGGCAGGCGGAUGUACCUGGCGGGUCCCAUCCUGCGGGACGGCCGCCCCGACCCCUCGGCAGCAAGGAGCCCCUGGGAAGGGCGCCGCAUCGACUACAUCCUGUACCGCGAGCACCCCGCCCCCAUCAGCCUGACAACGGAGGUGGAGAAGUUUUCCUUCAUCACCCAGCUGGCUGGCUGCUCGGACCACCUGGCUGUGGGGCUGCGGCUGCUCCUGAACCCUGCGCCGCAGUGA